UCCCCCGAAAGCGGGAUGCGGGCUCGGGCGCCUGCUUCCCUUAGCAACGGGGAGGCCCUGCGCCGUAUCCAAGGGGCGGGGCCUCCGCCCGCCGCCCGCGCAGGCGCCGCGACGCACUUCCGGCUCCUUAAGGGAACGUGUCCCUGGGCGCCGCCGAGGCCGCCUCCGCCGGGCCGGAAGUGCGGACUGCGUUGGGGACUGGAGACGAUGGAGCAGGCCGAGGCGCGCAACGGGUGCGAGGCCGGCGACGCCUCGGCGGCCGGGGCGGCCGGGGCUCGGCCUCCCGCCACCCCGGAGGGCAUGGCGCUGGCCUACGGCAGCCUGGUGGUCAUGGCCCUGCUGCCCAUCUUCUUCGGGGCGCUGCGCUCCGUCUCCUGCGCGAAGGGGAAGAAUGCUUCGGAUAUGCCGGAGACCAUUACCAGCCGAGAUGCUGCCCGCUUUCCUAUUGUUGCCAGCUGCACCCUCUUAGGCCUCUAUCUCUUCUUCAAAAUAUUCUCUCAAGAAUACAUCAACCUGUUGCUCUCCAUGUAUUUCUUUGUCCUGGGGAUCCUUGCCCUCUCCCACACCAUCAGCCCCGUGAUGAACAAAUUCUUCCCGGUCAAUUUUCCCAACAAGCAGUACCAGCUUCUCUUCACUCAGGGCUCUGGGGAAAGUAAAGAAGAGAUUGUCAACUACGAGUUCGACACCAAGGACCUCGUGUGCCUGGCCAUGAGCAGCAUCGUUGGAGUCUGGUACCUGUUGAGAAAGCAUUGGAUUGCCAACAACCUCUUUGGCCUGGCCUUCUCUCUCAACGGGGUGGAGCUGCUGCAUUUGAACAAUGUCAGCACCGGCUGCAUCCUACUCGGGGUCUUCGUCUACGAUGUCUUCUGGGUCUUUGGCACCAACGUUAUGGUGACGGUCGCAAAGUCCUUUGAGGCGCCCAUAAAAUUGGUUUUCCCCCAAGAUCUUCUAGAGAGAGGCUUGGAGGCCGACAACUUUGCCAUGCUGGGCCUGGGGGACAUUGUCAUCCCAGGAAUCUUCAUUGCUUUGCUGCUGCGCUUUGACAUCAGCCUCAAGAGGAACACGCACACGUACUUCUACACCAGUUUCGUGGCUUAUAUUUUUGGGCUGGGCCUCACCAUCUUCAUCAUGCACAUCUUCAAACACGCCCAGCCUGCCCUGCUCUACCUGGUCCCGGCCUGCAUCGGCUUCCCUCUCCUGGUGGCCUUGGUGAAGGGAGAAGUGGCAGAGAUGUUCAGCUACGAGGAGAACUCUGCCCCCAAGGAGGUGCCCCCGGGAGAUGCCAAAGAAGGGAAGAAGGAGAAAUGACCUUGGGACGCUCA